CAUUUUUGCUCUCUUUUCUCUUGACAAAAGAAGGAAGAAGCGGGAAUUACAUUCCACUCACACUCACACUUCUUCUUAUCUUACGUUUCAUUCAUUCAUUCCACUUUACUUUCUCUCUCUCCUUCUCUCUGCAGAGCACAAGGAUUCUUCUUUUCGAGAUCUGCAGAGCUUUAGGGUUUUCGAUAACAACAAAUUUCUUCUUCUGUCGAUUGUAGAUUCAAUCAGAGUUACUAACUGCAAUGGAUUCCCCUACUGAGAUUGCAAAUGAUGUUGCUCCAGCUAAGUCUAAAACUCUCAAUGCAAUUAAGGCUGCAAGUUAUUCAUCUCAUGCACGCCCAUCACUUAAUGAAAGAAUCCUUUCAUCUAUGUCUCGGAGGGCAGUUGCUGCACACCCUUGGCAUGAUCUUGAGAUAGGUCCUGGAGCUCCAACAAUUUUCAACUGUGUGGUAGAAAUUCCGAAAGGGAGCAAGGUGAAAUAUGAACUCGACAAAAAAUCUGGGCUCAUCAAGGUUGACCGUAUACUCUACUCAUCAGUUGUGUACCCCCACAACUAUGGUUUCAUCCCACGUACUCUCUGUGAGGAUGCUGAUCCCCUGGAUGUGCUUAUAAUCAUGCAGGAACCUGUCCUCCCAGGAUGUUUCCUCCGUGCUAAGGCCAUAGGUCUGAUGCCUAUGAUUGAUCAGGGUGAGAAAGAUGACAAAAUCAUAGCAGUGUGCGCGGACGAUCCUGAAUAUAGACAUUACACUGAUAUUAAAGAACUUCCACCUCAUCGCUUGGCUGAGAUUCGUCGCUUCUUUGAAGACUACAAGAAAAAUGAAAACAAGGAAGUUGCAGUGAACGACUUUCUUCCAGCAGAAGAUGCCUCUAAGGCAAUCCAACACUCAAUGGAUCUUUAUGCAGACUAUAUCGUCGAAGCCCUAAGGAGGUAGAUUGGGCGAUCAUUGGAUAUUCUAGUAAUAUAUUUCAAAUUCUAUCUAUACCUUUGUUGUAAGGGUGAAUUUCAUCGCAAACCAACUUUGGUACUUGUUAUAAAGUCAUCUGAUAAAGCCUACUCUGCUACACGCAUACAAUAAUACAAUUUCAAUUUUUCUCUGAAAAAUGUGUAUGUUUAUGUCACUGCCAUUCUUUGGCAAGCCCUUAUAUUUUCUUCAUGACAUCAUAGAAUCUGAUUUUUACUGUAUUUACUGGUAUAAUAUCAGAAUCAUGGAUCAUUA